UCUUUCUUUUCGAACACCUUAUCACACAGCUUUAAUCACACAGCUUAUUAAUACACCAAUCGUAUUGUCAAAUCAGAAAUUAUAACGGAUAGAUUACGAUAGAGUAUUGAUAUGAUCGCAUAAAAUAGCAAACACUUCAUGUCAGGUGGCAUUUUCAGUAAAUAAGUAGCAUCGUUUAUAUAUACGUUACACAUUCGGGAAGAAAAUCGCGCCCAGCAUAAUUCAAACUGAUCGAUUUUUGCAUAACGAUUUCAUCAAGUAACAAUAAUGCCGCUAUUGAUCCUCCUUCUCUCGAUUCUGGCGUCCGCUAGAGCAACGUCGUACUUUUCAAUGGACCAACUGCCCAAUGUUCUACCAAUAGACAAAAUACCGGCGAUCAAGGAAUUCAACGAUCCGCAAUUUUUGGCAACUGUACACGCAGAUGCAUCGCUUACCGCUCUAGAUCUAGUGAAAAAGUACGGCUACAAUGGAGAAGUGCACGAGGUGAUCACCUCUGACGGUUACAUUUUGAAAUUACAUCGGCUAACAGGACGAACUAAUUUCAACAACUCACAAGUGCAAAAACCUGUGGCAUUCGUGAUGCACGGCCUUUUAUGCAGUUCAGCGUGUUUUAUCAUUUCCGGACCGGAGAAAGGUUUAGCUUUUGUUCUGGCGGAUGCAGGAUACGACGUGUGGCUCGGUAAUGCACGUGGCAAUGUAUAUUCACGCGAACAUAAACUCCCGGCUAUUCGAAAGGAACUUUACUGGGAUUUCAGGGCCAUGUCAAAUUUUUUCAAGCGGUUAUGGCAUGACAAAGCAGUGGCAAAGUAUCAUGGCGUUGCUGAGGAUAUUUCUACCAAGACACCUUUAGUCUUAUCGAGAAACUUUAGCUUUGAUCACAACCCUGCAGAUUCGAGGCAUUAUUUCGAUUAA